UUGGAAAAGAGUCGUAGUAUAGCAUGUCGAAAAAAGUGUAAUGAAAAGGCUUGGUCUACUAUGUCAAGAUAUAUAAUUAUGGAUUUCAUUAGCGGAUUUGACUAAUUUUAGGACAUUUAUUUUAAAAGGGUUAUUUGUGCGUUUGCAUUGAAAAGUUGAACUAAAAACAAAACGUAUCUCCUAAUCUACAGAUAUCUAUUCAAACAUUCAUGGCCACAGAUUCAUUGGCGUUUCCAUUUCUAAAUGUCUGCAGAACGUCCCCACAGCGCCCUCUAGUGGCGGCUGACGGGAAGAGCACCCCUUUCGUCUGUGCUUCUAUACUCGGACAGACCGGUGAUACAUAUGUAGCGGUCCCGGGACAACAGGUGUGCGCUGCGGGGGUAAAGACGCCGAUUCCCCUCGAGGCUCCAGGGCCAGACGACCAAUCAGCGCCUGAGUGGUCUUAAUGGCCUCUGGCCGCCGGCCAAUGUCCCUUUCCCACGGAUGAAAACGAUACAUUUAAUACAGAGUUCAUCCCAGGUCACUCUCGCUGUAUUUAAGCCCCACACGUGUGACAAGGGGUGAGUUCAACAACCAUUUAAAAACCAACAGCAAUAAAAGAGCAUCUAUUCUCCCACAUGUCCUUAUCCAAAGAGCACCUGCCGGUCGGGGACUCAGAGCACCUGCGGAAGCCGAAAUGCACCCGGUGCAGACACCACGGGAUCAUCAUCCCGCAGAAGGGCCACGUCCGGUUCUGCCCGUUCGUGGAGUGUGGCUGCUGUAAGUGCUUCCUCGUCACGCAGAGGACCAGGCUCACGGCCCUCCAGCGCAGCCGGAAGAAUGCCUCGAACCAGCCGCAGAGGAAGCAGCAGCGACCCGCUGUCAGCCAGGUGGAGCUAGCGGCGGAGGGGACUCGUAGCACCGGGGCCCGAGAGGACGACGCCGGGCUGUCGGCCGCAUUCGGAGCGCAGGAUCCCCCGAGGGACGGGGUCCCGGGGCGAGCCGCCGCUACCGGGCCGAGGGACGGGGUCCCGGGGCGAGCCGCCGCUACCGGGCCGAGGGACGGGGUCCCGGGGCGAGCCGCCGCUACCGGGCCGAGUAGCCUCGAUAUCCAGAGUCGAGCUGCCGCGGGGAGACCGACGUCGGCCGGUUGGGACGGCGGGAAGUUGGUGCCCUUCGGUUUCAGUGACGAAGAGCCUGGCGCACGGUUUAGGGCCCCUUACCUCGGUGAACUCGGCCAGGCGGCGGCUCUGCCGGUGAUUCACGUCCCGUGGAUGCCGGGUUUCCCCGGCGGCUACGGGCCGUGUCCCAACCUCCUGCUCAACGUGCCGUGGGCGCUGUACAACAACGGCCUCCGCGGCGCCGGGCCCCUGAUGCUCCCCCGCUUCGAGCCGGCCGCUCUGCGUUACCCUCCUCCGCCGGAGCCCGCCGCUGACUGCAGACCCGUGUUCUUCGCCCUUCGACCCUCCUUCGAGGCCCCCCGGGAGGAGGUGAUGUCCUGGCGGCACGCGCCGGCGCCUCCGUGGGAACACACGGAGCUGGACGUGGAGGAGCUGGACUGACGCCGUGAGAGCCACGUCCUCCAGGGGGGAGUCUGUUCACGCGGUGCCAUGAACGUUCUGCACGCGGUUCGGUUGUAACGCAUCGAUAAGAGAGAAGGCCGUCGGUCCGUGAUGCUCAUUAUUUUGUAGGUCUCGUUUUACACUUGUUUACUAAGAGAAAUAAAAGAUCUUUUCAUAUACAUCUUUUUUUGCUUCUUUUUACCCGAUUCACGGAGAGGGAACAGUUGAGGGAUUUAAACUUUACGAUGGAAGUGAACUAAAAGCUCGGCAGCUUACCCAACGACGGUCCACAGCGAGGCGAGUCCAGUGACUUGGGGCUAAUCGAGAGA